GGUGGAAGCUUGGGCAUACCACAGAUCAGGUCUCACUUGUCUGCAGGAAAGCAGGCGUCCUUUGGAGCCCCUUCCCCUGAGGCCACCAAUGGGAAAGCCCCCUGCUGCCGGCAUCCUGUGGGUCUGUCUGUUCUGCCAGUUUCUGUGGUUUUGUCCAUCUGUGCAGCCUUGUCCAGUGGGAGGCAGCGCCAUGACCAUCACCUUCAUGGUCCUUCUCUGCCUCGGACCGUGUCUGGGCCAGAUGACCCACGUGCAGGCAGAGACGCAGCUCACACCCAUCAUCUGGGCAGAGCCAGGCCCUGAGGUGGCCCAGGGGAAGCCUGUGAGCAUCUGGUGUCAGGGGUCUCAGCACGCUGACCAGUACUUCCUGUACCGGGAAGGGGUCUCAGAGCCCUUGAGAAGAGAGUUUCCCAUGGGACCCAGCAACAAGGCCAAGUUCCCAUUCCCACGCAUGACCUACCACCUUGCUGGGCGCUACUCCUGCUUGUAUCACCGACGAACACGCCGGUCCGUUCCCAGCAAGCCUCUAGACUUGGUGGUCACAGGAAUGUUCAACAAACCCAGCCUCUCGGCGCUCCCCAGCCCCAUCGUGACCUCAGGGGAGAGCGUGACCCUCCAGUGUGGCUCAUGGCAGGCAUUUGACUGGUUCGUUCUGUGUAGCGAAGGAGGUGAGGGCCACCCCAGACACUUGGACGCACAGCACCAAGCUGACGGGUGGUUCCAGGCGCUCUUCCCCGUGGACCCCGUGAGCCCAAGUCACAGGCCGACGUACAGGUGCUAUGGUUAUUUCUCGAACUCCCCCUAUGUGUGGUCCACCUCCAGCCUCAUUUUGGAGCUGCUGAUCUCAGGUGUGUCUAGGAAACCAUCCCUGUCAGUCUUGCCAGGGCCGGUGAUGGCCCCUGGACAGAACCUGACCCUCCAGUGUCGCUCUGAUGUCCGCUACGACAGAUUCGCUCUGUCCAAGGAGGGCGCAGGUGACCCUCCCCAGUACCUUGGCCGGCAGCUCCAGGGGGGGCUCUCUGGGGCUGACUUCGCCCUGGGCCCUGUGAGACCCUCCCUCGGGGGCCGGUACACGUGCUAUGGUAGACACAGCCUCUCCUCCGAGUGGUCGGCCCCCAGUGACCACUUGGACAUCCUGGUCGCAGUCCUGCCGCCGCAGGGGCCAGCUCCCACUCUGUCUGCCCGGCCGGGCCCCACUGUGGCCCCAGGAGAGAAUGUGACCCUGCGCUGUCAGAGCCCCAGCUUGUUUGAGGCGUUCCUUCUGUCCAAGGAGGGGGAAGCCGGGUCCCCCCUGCACCUCAGGUCUCAGCACCAAGAUGGAGUAUUUCAGGCGAACUUUCCCUUGCGCCCUGCGACUCUGGAUCACGGGGGGACUUACAGGUGCUACGGAUCACUGGGCAGCACCCCUUUCCUGCUGUCGCACCCCAGCGACCCCCUGGAGCUCGUGGUCACAGGGGCUGCUGUUACUAUCACCCCGUCCGUGCAGACUCCAGACUCCACGAGAGCCCCACUCCCAGAUCACACACUGGAGAAUCUCAUCCGAAUGGGUCUGUCCACACUGGUCCUGGUGGCGCUGGCGGUGUGGGUGUUUCAGGCGUGGCACAGCCAGAGAGGUUCCCACGGUGAAACUGAGAGGUAAUGUGAGGACGACGCUGCACACACUUUUUGGGGUUUGUAGAACCUUAGAACAGAACCUCACACACGCACAAGGCUGCGAUGACCCAGAAGAUUCUGAAAAGGUUCAUGAGCUGUGUGAACUCUGAGCUGAAGACAUAAAGGCAGCGAAGCUGUGUUGUCUGUGCGGGAGGCAAGGACCGAAGCUGGGAAUGCUCCCCGGAAGAGGCUUCUCCACCAGCCUUACCCCUCGCCUCGCUGUCUCCUUAGUGUCGGGCUUCUGUCAUUCCCCCACCCUGAUGACAUGAAGCUUCAUCCCACAGAACGUUUGUGUCCAUAACUCCACUCCCUUUUUUGUUCUGUUCCAACACUGUGUGUCGCAAAUGUCUUUUUUAUCACGUGCACGCCCCCCCCAUGUGAGUUUCCGGUCUGUGCCUCGGGCUCUAAGCGCAGAGACUCAGGUCAUGUGGUUGAGCAACUGCUUCGACAGACCGAAAUUUCUAUCCCGCCUGGAAGGUGCAAGCCCAGAAUGACAUCCCAGCACCCUCUCUGGAUUGUGCAGGCUUCUCUCUCUUCCCCAGGUGCUGCCUGCACGGCUCCUCCCCCCGCACAGGCACCUGGAAUCGGCACUCUCCUGCCUGAGCCUCCAGUGCUUCCUGGGUGGCUGGUGGCCAUGAUGGCUCCUUCUGAGCUGGGGUGCCAAUUAAAUGAGAUUGGGAAUUCCAAGAUGAUAGAUGUUUGUUGCUUGUUUUGAUUUCAGUGUUAAUUGCUGGAUGACAGGCAGCAUCUCACGUACUGCUGAGUGUGCAAAUUGCUCCAGCCAGUUUGGUAGCGGGUAGUGUGGAUUUUCUCGUUCGGGGAAAAGACAUGUAGCUAUGAUCAGGCAGUCUGACACCUGGCACUGUCCACUGCCUCAAAUUGGAGCAAAAGAGAUACUUUGUUGAUUCCAACAUGGCGGGUAUUUCUCAGCCAACAAGUCAUGACUGGAUAUGCUGUUGAGGCUCCAGAAUCCUGUGGGGCCACACUCGGGAUUGGUAAUCUGCACACUCUAUCCUUAAAAUGAAGGGCGCCUGGGUGGCUCAGUAGGUUAAAUGCCUGCCUUUGGCUCAGCUCAUGAUCUCAGGGUCUUGGGAUGGAGCCUCGCAUCGGGCUCCCUGCUCAGCGGGGACUCUGCUUCACCCUUUCCCUCUGUUUCUCUGCCCACUCGUGCACUCUAUCUCAUAGCUAGAUGGAAUAUUAAAAAAAAUCUUUAAUGGGAAGAAAUCAGAGAGGGAGACAAACCAUAAGAGACUCUGGACUCUG